CUGCGCGGGGGCGGCUCCCGGCGGCCCCCUCCGCCGGUUGCCAUGGUGCCGCGGCCCGGCGUGCUGUGGGCAGUGGCGGCGGCGGCGCUGGCGCUGCUGGUCCGGCGGGCGGCGGCGGCGCUGGCGGGGCCGGUGGUCCGCUGCGAGCCUUGCGACGCGCGGGCGCUGCAGCAGUGCAAGCCCCUGCAGCCCGACUGCGCCGAGCGGGUGCGGGAGCCGGGCUGCGGCUGCUGCCUCACCUGCGCCCUGCGGCUCGGGCAGCCCUGCGGCAUCUACACGGAGCGCUGCGGCGCGGGGCUCAGCUGCCAGCCGCGGCGGGAGGAGGCGCGGCCGCUGCAGGCGCUGCUCGAGGGCCGCGGGCUCUGCAGCAACGCUACGGCGGGGGGCAAGCUGCGGGCCUUGCUGCUGCCGGGACCGCACGCUGCAGGAAAUUUCAGUGAUUCAGAAGAAGACAGGAGUACCAGCAGUGUAGAAAAUCCGGCUAUUCCAAACUCUCACAGGGUGCCAGAUUCCAAGUCACAUUCACCACACAUCAAAAUAGAUAUCAUCAGGAAAGUGCAAGCCAAAGAUACACAACGCUAUAAAGUCGAAUAUGAUUCACAGAGUACAGAUACAUUGAAUUUCUCUUCUGAAUCCAAACAAGAGACUGAAUAUGGUCCAUGUCGUAGAGAAAUGGAAGACACUUUAAACCACCUAAAGAUCCUGAAUGUCUUGAGUCCCAGGGGUUUUCAUAUUCCAAAUUGUGACAAGAAGGGAUUCUACAAGAAAAAACAAUGUCGCCCAUCCAAAGGCCGAAAAAGAGGUUAUUGCUGGUGCGUGGAUAAAUAUGGACAGCCACUUCCUGGGUAUGAUGGGAAGGAAAAAGGAGAUGUCCACUGCUAUAACUUGGAAAGCAAAUGAGGACUGGGUGCCAGCUCUUCUGGCAUCUGUGCAUGGCCACUGGACCUCACAGAGACCUUGGAGGGGCUGGGCAAACACUGUGGGACUGCACUGUGUGUGGAGUAACAAGCUCUGCCUCCUGCAGCAGAUGGGGAGCUGCAGCCUCUGUGGAUGCUGCUGCAGCUGCACCCUGCCACCAACACACAUCGAGCUUCCCAUGGGAUAGGUGAGGAGCUCUGAAUUCCCAUGUAAACCUGCACUAUUGAUACCCAGAGAGAGAAAAACAAAAGGCACUUCAGAAUGGAAUCAGGGAGUCUCCACUGACUUUUUAAAGAAUGGCCUGUGACCAAUUUGAUCCCAAAAGAUACUGGGUUUUUUUAUUUUAAAGAAUUUAUAGACAUUAAGCUUGUAAAAGUAUUAAAAAGAAAAACAAAACCAAAAAACCCACAAGGAUUUAAAGAAAAAGUUUUUUUUACAGGUCUAAUGGGGAACUUGUCUUCACGGGUAAAAAGUUUUAUAAAAAUCUCAAAGAACUUUUUAAAGAAAUGUAUUUCUAAAAUAAAGACAUGGCUAUUUUUUUCUGUAAAAUAUAUUAUGAAUAUUCUGUUAGUCUGUAUUUAAUAUAAUUGUUUUUUAAUAAACUUUAUUUAAAUGUAACGUGAAUACCAAAUAUUACACAGUAAUUCUAGUGUAUACAUCUGUAUACAAAGAAAAAGUAAGGUUAUGGAAUGAUUUACAAAUAUGUAUACAUCUGUAUGCAUACACACUGACCUGUUAUAGGUAAGAGAAAUUAAUUUUUGGAGCAAAGGAAAUGUUUCCAGAAGGGAUUGAGUUUUAUUAUUUAACUACAAAUACCAAGAUAAUAUCUUUUUUAAUUAUUUUAUUGAUAAUUCUAAUGUACCCAUCACUGAAUUAUGCCACUGGAAAGGAUAACAGUCGCACUGAAGCUCUUGGUAAAGCUUUCCUCUGUCUGUAUGUUGCUUCAGUUUGUGUAACAGGGCUUACAUUUCCUCCACUUACUGCUCACACUAAUACAGAAUAUUCAUGGACAAAAAAUUGCCGUUACAGUACUACUCUUUGUAUUUGCUUAUUUAUUUUGAAAAGGUGUAUCUAUUCUGUGUUUUCUUGGUACAUUCUACCAAAGCACUUACUCUGUAUGAGGAACUCCUGUUGAAAACAAUAUCAACAAGACGGGGGGAUUGUGGACCUUGGGUGUUGAGACCCAUGCAUUUCAUUUAUGCAACACACAAUUGUUGCUUGCUUUGACUAUGGUAGAAAUAAUUUACCUGCAUCGAAGCAUAGAAAAACAGCCAUUGGGUUUAAGAGUUAAACUCACUGUCUGCCAUGGUGUUAUGUCUUUUUAAUUGGAAGAGAAGUGAUUUGGUUUUGUUGUGGUAUGUGAUGCUUUCACAUAAGGAAGGCUUUAGCAACAUUUUUUUUUGAGGCUGAUUGUUUAAUGUACUUUGUGAAAAAUUCUGUAUGACAAUGAAAUAUGGAUAAGGAAAGGUGGCCUGUGAAAUGUAACAUCUCUCUGGAAAAUAA